AUGUCCAUCGUUGCAACCGCAGCCGACCUCAUGCAAGAUUUCAAGACAGGUUACCUCACACUCUCAUCAGCAAAAUCCAUGUUCGUGAGCCAGUUGAUAGGAACAGCUAUGGGCUGUAUAAUUGCUCCUCUCACAUUCUGGAUGUUCUGGACUGCGUUCGACAUAGGAUCACCUGAUGGCCCUUACAAAGCACCGUAUGCUGUUAUAUUCAGGGAAAUGGCCAUUCUUGGCGUUGAGGGAUUCUCGGAGCUUCCAAAAUAUUGCAUGGAAAUGUGUGGCGGUUUCUUUGCAGCGGCAUUGGCUAUCAACCUUUUAAGGGACGUGAUUCCAAAGAAAUACUCGCAGUACAUUCCAAUUCCAAUGGCAAUGGCAGUUCCUUUCUACAUUGGUGCUUACUUUGCAGUUGAUAUGUUUAUUGGAACUGUAAUAUUGUUUGUGUGGGAACAAGUGAAUAGGAAAGAUUCAGAAGAUUAUGCUGGAGCUGUUGCUUCUGGUUUGAUUUGUGGUGAUGGGAUAUGGACUAUUCCUUCAGCAAUUCUCUCUAUUUUGAGGAUUAAUCCACCAAUUUGCAUGUACUUCGGGCCUUCUGCUAGCAGCUGA